CAGUAAAUCUAAAUAUUGGUUAUGAGUAAUCUUAUUUCUUCUAUUUUAGAACAGUUGAGUAGAUUUGCUGGAUUUGGUAUUGGACUUGCAAGUCUCUUUACAGAAAAUGUACUGGCUCAUCCUUGCAUUGUUCUACGCCGCCAAUGUCAGGUUAAUUACCAUGCUCGACAGUAUCAUCUCACUCCAUUUACAGUCAUCAAUAUUAUGUACAGCUUCAACAAAACUCAGGGACCAAGGGCCCUUUGGAAAGGAAUGGGAAGUACAUUUAUUGUCCAGGGAGUCACACUUGGAGCAGAAGGAAUAAUUAGUGAAUUCACACCUUUACCAAGGGAGGUUUCACAUAAAUGGAAUCCUAAACAAAUAGGAGAACACCUUCUGCUGAAAUCCCUAACUUAUAUAGUGGCAAUGCCUUUUUAUUCAGCAAGUCUGAUUGAAACAGUACAGAGUGAGAUAAUUCGAGAUAAUACUGGGAUUUUGGAAUGUGUUAAAGAAGGCAUUGGAAGAGUGAUAGGCCUGGGAGUGCCUCAUAGCAAACGACUACUUCCUCUUCUCUCCUUGAUCUUCCCCACGGUGCUGCAUGGGGUUCUUCAUUACAUCAUCAGCUCCAUCAUUCAGAAGAUCGUCCUACUAAUUCUAAAGAGAAAGACUUAUCAUGGCCACCCAGCUGAGAGCACUAGCCCAGUGCAGAGUAUGCUGGAUGCUUAUUUUCCAGAACUUAUUGCUAACUUUGCUGCCAGUCUUUGCUCUGAUGUUAUGCUUUACCCCUUGGAAACAGUUUUGCACCGCCUUCACAUUCAAGGAACACGCACAAUAAUUGACAAUACAGACCUUGGCUAUGAAGUGCUUCCAAUUAAUACACAGUAUGAGGGAAUGAGAGACUGUAUCAAUACCAUAAAGCAGGAGGAAGGAAUGCUUGGUUUUUAUAAAGGGUUUGGUGCUGUUAUAAUACAGUACACACUGCAUGCAGCUGUCCUACAGAUUACCAAAAUCAUUUACUCUACGCUUCUUCAAAAUAGCGUUUGAGAUAUAAGUUCCCGAUUAGUCUAAAAGGCACAAUCUGGACACUUUGCUAUGAAAUUGUGAGGGUAUAAAAGUGAUACUGGGGGGGAAAUGGAUUAUAAGUGAAACUGGUAGAGAAAGCCCAUGCUCAUUAUAUUGACUUUUUUUUAAAGGCAUAGGUCUUUUAGGGAUCAAAAGUAUUCCAAAUUUGAAAACUCAAUAAAAAUAAUACUCAUCAAUUAAAUUCUAGCUAGUGUAGCACGCAUACUGAACUAAAAUUGGUCUUGAGCAGAAGCAAAAAUUUAUCAGCAAACACAAAACAAAAUUUUACAGAGCUGAAUUUAUUCCAUCUAACUUUAAUAUUUAUUACAUGUUAAUUUUACCUUCUUGGUUGAUAUUGGUAUGUCAUCCUUAAUAUAUAGUAUCAAGAGGUCAUAGUUUACCUUCAAGCAAAUAAAUAUGUAACCAAUGAUAAUGAUGAGAAGGAUUAGAUUUGGCAAUCUGUAAUCAGGAGUUGAAGUUUUAAAUUGUAUUAUCCCUAUAUAACGUUUUAAUGGCUGCAUAUUUAUUACAUAAAGCCAUUUAUGUUCACAUACAAAACUUGGAAUUUCCUUCCUUUCAACAAAUUUUCCACCUUUAGAUCAGCUUAUUGCAUAAGAUGACGUCACACACUUUCUGCUUAAAUAUAAAAAUAAAAUAUUAAAAGCCAAGUUAUCCAAAGAUUUAAGGCAAACAAUAUACUUGUCUAUAUCCAAAUACAGCAUUUCGGUGCCAGCAACUUAAUAUUCGUCAUAUGUUUAUAAAGCUUGAUUUGCUUACCUAGUUAUGUGAAUCAUCAGGCUGUUUUUAGAGCCACUCUUAACAGAGAUAGAAAAUAAAAUAAUCAUGACAACUAUUACUGUUUCUAAAUUUAGAAAUUGUGUACUGAAAGGAAUGUCACUUGUCUUUCAUUUCUGAAUGACCUGUCUUAGUGGAGACGCGAUUAAAAUUCACCUGGGAAUUUGUGCCUCUUGCCUUCUGUAUAGUUAUCAUAAAUUAAUGUCUUCAGUUUUUAUUCCAGGUUUGUUUAAAAUUUCAUACUCCAAACUAGAUAUACAUAAAUGGAAAAGCAGGUCUCUCCAUAUCGCCUUUUGUUUAAACUUGUUUGGAUGAAUACUGAAGAAAAAAUACAAACUUUAAAGGAAGUUUGUCCUCGCUUUUUAUGGAUGAGGUAAAGAGGUAAAUUUCAAUAAAUAAGCA